GGCAGUCAGAGCUUCCGGUGGGUCAGGUUUCCAGACCUCAGCGCGCAGAUUUCGCAGCAUGAAUUUGCAUCCAGGACAGACAAGAGUCGAGGGUGAGUUGCAGGAUGUCGAUGACAGACUUGCUCAGCGCUGAGGACAUCAAGAAGGCUUUGGGGGCCUUUGCCGCUGUCGACUCCUUCGACCACAAAAAGUUCUUCCAAAUGGUGGGCCUGAAGAAAAAGAGCGCGGACGACGUGAAGAAGGUGUUCCACAUCCUGGAUAAAGACAAGAGCGGCUUCAUCGAGGAGGAUGAGCUGGGCUCCAUCCUGAAGGGCUUCUCCGCGGACGCCAGAGACCUGUCUGCUAGAGAAACCAAGGCGCUGCUGGCCGCUGGAGACAAGGAUGGGGACGGCAAGAUUGGGGUCGAAGAAUUCUCCGCUCUGGUGGCUGAAAGCUAAGGGCUCUGCUGCCCCGGACUUCCACCUCUCUCCCCAGACACCGAUCUCAGCCCCUCCUGCCACCCUCCUGAGUUUCUGUUCAGUUUAUUUAUGUUAUUUUUUACUCCUCCCAUCCCCUGCGGCCCUUGAAUGACACCUUUCUUCUGGAAAAUGCUGGAGAAACAAUAAAGGCUGUACCAACCAGAUUCUGCUGCCCAGGAGGUCCCAGGCCUGG